GACGUCACGUCGUAGUAUAAAAAGGCCUCGCCACCCCUUCAGACAGGCUAGACAUUUACUGCAGAUAUAUCGUAGGACGUUGGAGGGUUUUAUUUACCCAAAACAUACUUUCAAAUGGGCCCCGUCGCCUAGCGUUUACUUCCCCAAGCCUCGCCUGUUGAGUUGGGUGCUAUUGAACAUCAGCACGUCUGGGUAACAAAAAGGUGAGAUUUGCUUGAAACGGCUGUUUGAUGACUGCAGCGAAGAUGCCCGAUUUGUUAUGCUUUGGGUUUUGGACAUUUCUAUAUACGCUCAUGUUCAUGUUAUUGUUGACCAGCACUGCCAGGCAAGAUUUGGGUUUUAUUUGGUCCCUUUUCAACAACAAAUGCCAUGGACAGAUCAUGUUCUUCUAAAAUUAGCUAGCUAGGUAACGUUAGUCGAGAUGGCUUUGUUUUCUUCAGCAUAGUUACACAGACCACCAAAUUAUGUUCCGUUAUUUUUCUAAACCCGAGUUGGUCAUUUUCACCCAAAUUCCCAAGAAUGCGAACAUUGUAGCUAGCUAGCAAAGCUAGGCGCCUAGUUAUCUAACGUAAUGUUAUCUACAGUAGCUAGCUACCUUUGCUAACGUUAUGUACCGCAGCGAAUGACUGCUGUUGAUUUAGAAAUCAUGGGAUUGAUUUAGGGAGCAUGAUCUGGGUUUAGUACCCCCCACGUCAGGGAUACAUUUUCAUAUGGAAAAUAUUUUACCUAGUCAUUUGUGUUCGGUAGUCUUGGAUGCCUAAAAGUCACAGAACAGAUGGUAGCCUGCCUACACACUAACAAUUUGAGGCAGCAUUGCCAGUAAUGAUUGCGUAAAUAUUUAUCAUAUAGCUAAGUGUGAGAGAAGUAACCGUUAACUAUUUUUAUUCUUGCUUGUUACUGUUUGUACUUAACCAACCAUGUUUUCUGAAGAGCUGACUAGGAGCUACAUCCUUGCAGAAACGUGUGCAGUAAUGUCUUAUGGAGCGAUUUCAGUAUUUGAAUUGUAUAAUUUUAUUAGGAUAUUGAAUUUAAUAUUUGUUCAUUUGUAAUGCAGAAGUUGAAUGAUUGAAUUCAUAUAUUGAACUUGUAGUUAAUUAUUUGAAAUUCAAUGAAUAUUCAUGAAGUUUACUUAUUUUAUUUUAUGAAAUGCAAUAUUUAUAUAUUCAGUUUCAAUAUGGUAGAUAUUGCAGCCAUUGUCUGUGUAUUCAAGUUUACAAACCAUCAUUUCAAGUUAAUCAAUGUUUCAUAUAUUAACCUUCUCAAAUGCAUUCCGUUUUUAAAUUCAGGUUCAAAACCAGAGACAACAUGCUGGCACUUUGCCUGCCAGGAAAGGUAGAGGAGAACACAGAAUCAAACGCUUUGGCUAUAAACUGUUAUGACCCCAUUCCUGAAAGCUAAGACUCUUCUGGAACAUGGAUGUGCUUUCUGUUCCCCUCUAUGGUGCUCAUAGGCAGCGUUAGAAGGGAGUGUCACCCAACAAAAAAAAACGCAAUUUGGCACCCAUAAGAAUAGUUGAAUAGCCCUUCGAAGGAUAACCUUUUCACACCCUAUUUAAUCGUGAUCUUGUGACUAACCGGGUUCUAACCAGGUCUCCUGCAUGUCACGACUGUUAGCACACUUAGCUAAAGCCCAUAGGGAUGAGUUCAGGAAGCUAACAAGUCUUAAAGUCUCCAGCAAGGUUACUCAUCAAGGGUGUUGUUCAUCGAACCACCUUAGAUACAUUUCACCCACCUUUGACCUCAUACUCAGAGAUCACAGCACCAAUAUAACUGACUGGGUUUGAAAUCAGGCUUACUGCACAACACUUUCUGUGGCAAGCAGGAGGGUCUGUGCACUUCAUUUAAUGAGUGCAACAGGGGGGGGAUUGUGAUCCAUGCAUGUGAUUACCAGACUGACUACCGGGGGGUGUAGCGAACAUUCAUGUAUUUCGGUCAAAUGCCCAGUGGGCCUGUCCAACUUGUGAUUUUUUUUGUGCAAAAUGAGCUGGCUAAUAAUGGGGGGCCUCAAGGAAAAUAAUGGUCCGUUGUGUUAGAAAUGCUAGGGACGAUUAUUGGUCCCAGUCCGCCCCUGGUUCCAAGUCUCUGGCAAGGGUAGGCAUGACUGAGUGGCUGGUAAAACAUUUGCCCAGUGGGCCUGUCCAACUUGUGUUUUGUGUCCAAAAAAAUAAAGGUGUCUGAAUGCAUCUUCAAACAAAAUAUUGAAUUUAAUUUUUUUAUUUUAAACUUAAUGCAAUAUUCAUUCAAUUCUGUUUCAAAUCAUAUAAUACAAGUUCAAUUUUAUGAUUUCAAUUUACACAUUACAAAAUACAAAAUAAUUAUCCUAAUGCAAAAGUGUGGAAUUCAAAUACAACUUCUGUUGGCACGGAAAUCGUUCCAUAGUCUAUGUACCAAUGUGUCUAACUCAAACCCCCUUUCUUCCAGGGUUUCUAACGCAUGAUUCAACAAGAUUGGCAGAAUGGCAGCGAUCAACGCAGGCGGUUCUCUUGUGGCUACCCAUGACUACUACCGAAGUGAGUAGCUCUCGGGCCGGGGCAUGUCUUUACAGACUUAGCCCUCAGGCCCUAACGCAAUCAAGCUCUGUCAGUGUGAUUUUCCUUUGUCUUCAGAAGGAUUGAAUCAGUCAUGGUAAUUCACUUCCGCUUCAGCCUUCAACAGUAGUUUGUGUUCUCAAGCCCUCUCAUAUACUGUGAACCUAGCCUGAGUCCCAGAUCUGUUUGUGUUCUCAAGCCCUCUCAUAUACUCUGAACCUAGCCGGAGUCCCAGAUCUGUUUUGUGCCAUCUUGCCAAUAAUUCUGUCACUGUCACACCAAAUGUGACAGGGAAGGAGUUGACAGACAGCACAAACAGAUCUGGGACUCAUGCUAGUCGUAUCUCUUGCCUGUACUUUGUGUCAGGGUUUCCCAGACUCGGUCCUGGGGCCCCCCUGGGUGCACAUUUUUUGUUUUUUUGCAGCUGAUUCAGAUAAUCAAAGCUUGAUGAGUUGGUUAUCUGAAUCAGCUGUGUAGUGCUAGGGAAAAAAUCUAAACGUGCCCCCCAGGAAUGAGUUUGGGAAACCCUGCCUUAUGUGACAGACAGAAGUGGAUUCUCUUGUAUUAGGUAGAGGGGGCUUGUGAGGUGAAUGGGUUGUAUUGCCCUGUCUAUCCCUAGACCAUGACAGACGAAACAGAAGAGUGGAUUGUCUGAGACCGAGCAGUUAUGAACUUGUUGGGAUCACACAUCUUGGUCAUGAAGGAUUUGUAUUGUCCACUCCUAUCCUGAUACAGUGACGGGAUGAAUUCUGUUGCUUUAAUAUCCUGGGAAAGAGCUUGUGAGGGUGUUUUGAAUUUUUAUUGCAUUGCAUCCUCUCCAAACCGUUACAUUCCUAUUGUGUUGGUUUUUUUCCCAGGGCGCAUCGGCUCCACCUCCAGCAGCAGCUCCUGUGGGAGUUCAGAGUACAGCGGGGAAGUCAUUCCACACCAUCCAGGUACAUAAAGCAAGCAUAUGGGGCGACGGUGGGACAUUUGUCUGACGGGGGAAGGGACCGUGUUCAGGGGGAGGUGCUAUUAUUUGAGCCUCUUGACUGGUAAGGUCGCCUCGCUGUGAGCGGAAUCGGACAAUGCGUCGGCUCCGUAUAGGGUGACCACGUGUCCCAGAUUGUGCGGGAAAGUCCUCCAUUUUGGCCCCGCAACCAAACAAUCAUGUCCUGCAAUUUCAAUUAACAAAUUCUUAACACCGCUGAAGCUACUGGCGACGUUAAACACUUCUCCAAUCGUUGUUGACGUGCAGCUUCUGUGCAGCGCAAGACGAGGUGGGGCCCUAUGACGUUGGACCAUCGUCAAAACAAUCAUAUUUCUCAAAUCAUUUCGGGCUGAACUUGGAGAGGACAGUUGGGGCCUAACUACGUACAGAAAACGUGCUUCUGACGUAGUGCUAGAAAAGUAAAUAGCCGUAUUAGACUGGAAGAUGUAAGGUGAUUUUUGUCAAACUUGUGAGGCUCUCGUUGCUCAUUUAGUAGUUACGUUUGCAACUGGAGCUGCGUGGCAUUGCGCCAAUCGCUAAGCAGCGUACUCCGAAUCAGUGUCACUUUAUCAGAUGCACGUGAUCAAUGCCGUCCGACGCUUUUGUUUCGUUAAACAACCACCUGAUUGGUUUGGUAGAAGACCGAGGCUAUGAAGUGCACUCGCUACGGGGUGUGGGACGUAAUCUAUAAUAAUUUGGCUGCUCUAAAUUAUUUUCACCAGCAGGUGCCACUAGUGUGCACUGUUGAUCAAGCCUUGAGUAAUGAACCUAUUUUCGACACAAUUGGCAGGAAAAACCUCAAUGCUUCAGGAAGCUUAGUUUCCCCAUCACUACUAAUUAGUUGCUCAUUCAACAUAUUUGCUGCGACUUCACACAAUCUCUUAUUUUUUUAUAUAUUUUUUUCCCCCCCCGAAAUGUCUUCCAUUCCCUGAGACCAAACAAAUGUUUCCUCUGCCAAAUAUUCAGAUUUUCAUAAAACAGCCAUACAUGUGGUCUCUCGUUUCUGCAUCAAUUGGUCUUUGGGUUCAGCGGACUGCAGGGGCGUAGCGCUGGCGUUGGGUUCAGAGCUGCAGGGGCGUAGCGCUGCCGUUGGGUUCAGAGCUGCAGGGGCGUAGCGCUGCCGUUGGGUUCAGCGGACUGCAGGGGCGUAGCGCUGCCGUUGGGUUCAGCACACUGCAGGGGUGUAGCGCUGCCGUUGGGUUCAGAGCUGCAGGGUUGUAGCGCUGCCGUUGGGUUCAGCGGACUGCAGGGGCGUAGCGCUGCCGUUGGGUUCAGCACACUGCAGGGUUGUAGCGCUGCCGUUGGGUUCAGCGGACUGCAGGGGCGUAGCGCUGCCGUUGGGUUCAGCACACUGCAGGGGUGUAGCGCUGCCGUUGGGUGACACUGGCGCGCCACUCGGCCGCUUCUCACAAUGGUGUUCGUUUAGUAAUGUUAGAUCAAAGCUGAAUCAAUGUCUUGGAAGAUCACAUAGUGAUUUUAAUUAGUAUUCUACAUAACACAACCAAAUAUAAUAGCAUAAUGUUACUGUCACACCAAAAACACCACAUUUUAAAGGAUGGUUAGCUGAAUAGUCCAACAAGUUAUCAAAACUAAACCGUGCACACCAGUAGGCAGAAUAUGCUGUGACUGAAACAAAAUACAGGAAGGCUAUAUAGUUUAACACAAUCUGCUCUACUUUGCUCACAAAAAAAAAAGUAAUUCAAGAUCUAAAUGCAUAUUCCCAUGAAACUGAUUUGAGAUCAAAUGAUUGACACGCAGAGACAGUUUGGACAUUUCACUGGUAAAACGUGACGAAUUAUCAUUCAUGAUUGACCGUGAUUUAUGCCGUGGCUUAUUUUUGAAAUUGGGUGUGCCUAACUUGGUGUUUUUGAGGGUAUUGAAAAUGGAUUGUAUUCUUGAGCGAGACAAUGUGUUGGCAUAGUCAGAAGGAUAUACAUUUAUUUUAUAAUGGUAUUCAUAUUUAUUUAUUUUUUAUUCAUGUAGGCUACAUUGUCCUGCAAAAUGAUCAGUUUGUCCCGCAUUUGGGUAUUUUUUUAAAAUGUGGCCACCCUAGCUCAGUCAGUUGACUUGUAAUCUAUUAGCCGACACGGUGAACUGCAGUUGUUCAAUGUGACAUGGCACUUUUUUGAGCAAUGACCAGUUGAAACCUGGGAACCUAAUGUACUGUCCAUUCAAUCAUUACUCCCUCGAGUGAUAAUACCUCUGAACUCUACAGCGUACUGCUUAGUAAUGCGUACUACACCCUCAAAGUAAACCCUCCGCUAAGAUGUUAUUGUUCUCUAUAGACUGAGGCCUUUUUUUUUUCUUUUUUUUUUGUAGUGUUUGACCUUUUUGUCGUAAUCUGUUCCUAGGUCUGCCCAAACAAGACUCGGGACAUUGGUGGUCCAGCUUCUUCUUCGGGAAGCAGAACCAACCAGGAAUGACCACUCUGCCUGAGGAGGUCCAGCAGAAGUAUGUAUACUAAGGGGGAGAAGUAUGUAUACUAAGGGGCAGAAGUAUGUAUACUAAGGGGCAGAAGUAUGUAUACUAAGGGCAGAAGUAUGUAUACUAAGGGGGAGAAGUAUGUAUACUAAGGGGGAGAAGUAUGUAUACUAAGGGGGAGAAAGGGGAAAAGAUGUAUACUAGGGGGAAGUAUGUAUCUAGGGGAAGAAGAUAUGUAUACUAGGGGUCGAGAAGUAUGUAUACUAAGGGGAGAAGUAUGUAUACUAAGGGGAGAAGUAUGUAUACUAAGGGGAGAAGUAUGUAUACUAAGGGGAGAAGUAUGUAUACUAAGGGGAGAAGUAUGUAUACUAGGGGGAGAAGUGUGGGGAACGAACUGGCUGUCAUAGUGAGGGGGAAACGGGCUGACCAACAUUAUCACUCUAAAUGCAGUAAGGCUACUCUAUAUAUAUAUAUCUCUGUCACCUCAUUUGACAAUCCAAAGCACCAGCUCUUUAGAAGUGUUGCGAAAACUAUUUCAACGGGUACAGGUUGUACUCGUUAGCUGGCAUCUCCAAACCCUUAUUAGGGCAUAGUCUUGCUUCCUGAACACUCUCUCCUGGGUACCUCCCUACAACAGGCACGCCUUUCUGGCACAGAGUAAGGCGUAAUCACCGCAGUUCUAUCUGCAAGUUGCACCCUGUCGAACACAACCCUGGUUUUCUUUGCACUCGCACUCAACCUCUCCCUCCUCCUCUCUCUCUCUUCCAGGGCGGCGGCCAUGACUGUGACCAACGGCGAGGUGACCUGUGUUGCCAGGGAGAUGAUGAUGAUGAAGAGGCAGGUCAGCGACGCCGGGAGGUCCGAGCCGGGGAGUCCACCCCUCUCCUAAGGCAAGGGACCAACGCUAGGAGACGGAGGCUGCGUCCCUGUCCCCUAAACCCUUGAAUCCGUUCCAACCUCCACAUUACAUAGAAUGUAUGCCUGAUACGUCGUUUCAUACUAGGUAGUAUGCUAGCGUAGAUAUUGGGACAGACCCCCCUUUAACCCUCAACUAUGGGUGUGUCCCAAAUACCACCCUAUUCCCUAUUUAGUGCA